AUGAUUAAGUCGGUUGUUCUUCUGACUUUGAUUUGCUGCUCUCAUCCAUCUCUGGCCGGAAUUAUUGGCGGAUAUGGUGGACAUGGGGGAGGUGGUGAGGGGGGUUAUGGUCUCAUAGCUGCUCCGGUUGUGGAGAAGGUCAUAUAUGCCAAAGCAGAACCUGUGAUCAAAGUGAUAUACGGUGGCUAUGGAGGCGGUGGAGAAGGAGGAUAUGGAGGUGGUGGCGAAGGCGGUUAUGGAGGCGGCGGAGGUGGUGGUAAAGGUGGUGGAGGCGGAGGUGGAGGCGAAGGCGGUUAUGGUGGAGGAGAAGGUGGUGGUGGUGGAGGAGGAGGUGGUGGCAAAGGCGGUUACUAUGGUGGCUUCGGUUUCGGUAAAGGAGGUUAUGGUGGCUACGCUGGAGGAGGCGGCGGUAAAGGUGGCGGAGGUGGAGGCGGAGAAGGUGGCUAUGGAGGUUUUGGUAAAGGAGGUUAUGGUGGCUACGCUGGUGGUGGUGGCGGUAAAGGAGGUGGAGGUGGCGGCGGUGGCGAAGGAGGCUAUGGCGGCGGUAAAGGUGGUGGAGGAGGUGGCGAAGGAGGUUAUGGAGGCUUCGGCUUUGGUAAAGGAGGCUAUGGUGGUGGUGGUGGCGGCGGUGGAGAAGGUGGUUAUGGUGGUUUCGGUAAAGGAGGUUACGGUGGCUAUGCUGGUGGUGGCGGAGGUAAAGGCGGCGGUGGUGGUGGAGGAGAAGGCGGUUAUGGUGGUUUUGGCUUCGGCAAAGGAGGCUAUGGAGGUGGCGGUGGUGGCAAAGGAGGAGGUGGUGGCGGCGUUGGAGAAGGCGGCUAUGGAGGCUUCGGCUUUGGUAAAGGAGGUUAUGGUGGUUACGCAGGUGGUGGUGGCGGCAAAGGCGGCGGCGGUGGUGGUGGCGGAGAAGGCGGUUAUGGUGGUUUUGGCUUCGGCAAAGGAGGCUAUGGAGGUGGAGGUGGGGGCGGCGGAGAAGGUGGUUAUGGCGGUGGCAUUAAAGCCGGCUAUUCAAAUGGCGGAGCUGGCUAUUAUUCUGUCUCAUUUGGCGGUUGGUAG